CACAUUUGCUUGCACAUGAACAUGCCACCCCACACACACCAUACAUACCCGCCACAUUCCGUGCAUCUCGACUUUUAAAAUUGCGCCACUGGUAGCUCUGCACAGGCCACAGGGCGCAGACCAGCCCCUACAGUCCCCAGCAGGGUCUGCAGCGGAGGCAGAGACGGAGGCAGCAGCAGCGGGGUGGAGCAGCACACCCACCGGCAGCAACUGCAACUGGGGCCUGCAGUGGAGGGGGGAGGGGACGAGCAGCGGAGGAACGAGGACUCAUGGACGGGUCCAUGCACCACACCCAGAAGGUUGAGUGUCGCCUUCCUCCCUUCACCCAUGGUUGCACCCACCAUGCCAUGCCAUGCACCCCGCCCCAUCGCAUGCUUCUUACCCAGGCACUGAAGUGGAGGAGAGUGGCGAGUCAGCAGCAUUGGAGGCAGCAGCGAGGUCGACGCGAAGUGCAGCCGAGGCACCGGGAAGUUGAAUCACGGGCAGUCCAGGGUCUGAGGCGGAGGCAGAGGCAGAGGAAGAGGCAGUGGCAGCAGGGGCAGAGGCAGCAGGGGCAGAGGCACCAGCAGCAGAGGCGCCAGAAGCAGCAACUGCAACCCGGUGCUGCAGUGGAGAACGGCUGCGUUCCCCUUGCAGGCAUGCAGCAGCAGCAGCAAGGGGGAGGGGACAGGCAGCAGAGAGACGUGGACACAUGGACACAUGGAGGGGUCAAUGCUCCACACCCAGAAGGUUCCCUUGGGGGUCUGUGGCUUGUGCUUGUGGCUCUACCAGUGGCUCCCUCUGUUCUUCCUCUCCCUCCUGUAUUGCUUGCUCAUCCCAAUCUCCAUGGGGCCGCCUACCACUCUCCUCUGGAACUAACUACCUCUCCCUCUCCCCCUUCUCCCCCCACACCACCCUCCCUUCCAGUACCCAUCAGUGCUUGUGCUGUGGCGCUGGAGUGGGGGGAUGGCUGAACACGCCAGCGUCACAAACAGGCAUAGCAAGUAAGUAACAAACACACGCCUUCUCCUUGCUGUUGCAUCUUCCAAGCCUUUCCAAUUUCUGAUUUUUUUACGCUCAUUCUAUCCAUGUCGGAUGCAUCUUCUUCCAAAACCAAACCCCUUGCAGCAGCCUAGUCCACAUGGUGCAGACCCCCCCUAUUUCAGGUACCCCCCCCCUCCUCCAGCCCCCAGGUUAAGCCUACCCCUGAUACUGAGAGACUUUACUAGAUAACCCCCUCCUAAUACAUACUACCCCUGGUUCUGCACCAUGUGCCUAGUGCUGCUCCAGUGGUCCUUCUGCUGCUAUCACCUGCCACCUCUCCCAUACACACCUCUCACUCUUCUACCCCUAUCUGCCUACUCACUG